UACCUCACUCUGGGACCGGUGACGCAGCGUCUUCGCGUAUCCUUCUCUUUUUUCCCCUUCCUCCCCUUCCUUCUUGUUCCUUUACGCGGAGAGUCUUCCAGUCCGCUCAGACGGGAUAAAGAGGCGCGGAGACGCGGAGCCGGCGCAGGGGUGCGCUCGAUAACUAAACACUUCCAUCCCGGUAGGAGAGCGGCGCGCAGGAACACACGCUCUCUCCAUCUCCGAGCGUCUCCUUUUACUCUCUCUCUCUCUCUCUCUCUCUCUCUUUCACUCACUCACCCUCUCCCUCUUCGUCCCGCGCACACACGCACGCUCUGCGCGCACACGCGUACGUCUCAACUUGGCCGUAGUAAAUUACGGCAUUGAUGUGAAGGGCGAGUGUGGAUCUGUCUCUUCUGUUCGCUCCUUUGCUCGACGGAAGGAUUCUGGGAGGCGCAGAGGAGAGAAGCUAAUCCUUUCACUGUCCAUUUGACUGUGAGGCCCCCUGGACAUGCCUGUUUAGUUGCCCUGCGUGAUGCCUGAUCAUGACAGCACCACCCUCUUAACCAGACAAACCAAACGCAGACGUGUCGACAUCGGGGUGAAAAGGACUGUGGGUAGCGCGAUAUUUCCCCGUGCCCGGGAGACCCUUCUCGAAGCCAUGAACCAGUCGCACGGCCCUGAUCAGGACGGAGAUCUCUCCCUGGUGAGUCAUGGCCACGGGGCCGCCAACAGUGACGGAGAGAAGUCAAAUGUCCUCAGAAAGCUGCUGAAAAGGGCCAACUCUUAUGAAGACGUCAUGAUGCCUUUUCCUGGGGCUACAAUCAUCUCCCAUUUAUUGAAAAACAACCUGGGGAAGAAUGGAGGGAGUGACUCAGGCUUUCAGGGUAGUGGAGCUCUGUCCAGUGGAGGUUCGGAGAUUCAGGCCGAAGACGCCUGUAGUAACUCUUCGAGGGACAGUCCAUCCGACUGUCUUUCUCCUGGUCCUCCUCUACCUCCUCCAUCGUCUUCUAACUUUGGACGACCGUUGCCGCCCUCAAAUCACAUUUCUCACACCUCUUCUCAAUCUUUAUCCUCCUUUGACUUGGACCGACUGUCGGACGAGCAUCUCCGUGCCAAGAGGGCCCGCGUGGAAAACAUCAUCCGCGGAAUGAGUCACUCCCCAUUGGUCCGUCCCAGUGGCAGUGACCACAACCAGGAGGGCAAUCGUGAGAAUGAAAACGGCAGCAGCAACAGUAACGACCACAGAGGAGAGGACGUCAGUCAUAACAGCAGCCACCGUGGCGAUUGUCCUUCCCUCCUCCGCUCUCCUGGUUCGCGAGGCGGUGUGGUUGGCAUCGGCGAGGUUUACAGAGAGAAUAAGAGGAAACAACGUCUCCCACAGCAGCAACACAGCUUCACCCAGCUAGUUUGUUCCAGACAGGAGCAGAGACAGGAAGAGAGAAGGCAGCUCAAACUACAACUUGAAGACAUGCAGAAACAACUGCGCCAACUUCAAGAGAAGUUCUACCAAAUCUAUGACUCUGAGACAGAAGAAGAGGAAGAAAACAUAGUGAAUGGAGAGGUCAACCGAGGAGGAGAUAGAGAGGAGGAUGGCAACCUUUCAGAGGACAGUAUCCGCUCUGAUGGCCUGGAGGAGAGGCACAGAGACAGAGGGCGGCAUAACCAUGAUGAUCUUUCCGAGUUGGACCCGGGACUUUUCCUGGACAGAGCCCGAGCCCUCCUCCGAGAGCAAGCCUUGAUAGAUGGAGAAAUGGAGGAAGAUGCUGACAGCCGAGAAGAGGAGGAAAGAAAUGGAGAAAGGGUGAUGAAGAGGAGAGUGGUAGCAGGAGGUGGGGGAGGAAGUGGCCGGCAGCUGGCCGAGACUCUAAAGCAGGAGCUGAACUGUGCCGUGUCACAGGUUGUUGACACCGUCGUCAAAGGCUUCUCCUCACCCAAGCAGAACGCCGGUCACCAUCAUGGCUGCCACAGCAGUACGCCAGCUGCACCUUCUUCCUCCAACUCAUCCUCAUCCUGUCCACCUCCUUUCGGGCCACUGCCCCCGCUUACCCCAGAGUCUCGCUUUGGUGGUGGUAAUUUGGCACUCAACUUGAAUGGUGAAGGCAGUCCCACCCCUAACUAUCAUUCCUCCAACCAGAGGCUGCAUUGCUUUGGGGAUGUAAUUGUCCCUAGCCCUCUAGAUUCAUUCGGUGGUCUGAGUAGCAGGCUUAGUGGUGUGCCAACACCCAACGAUCAAACAGAGGCUCUGCCGCUGGUAGUGCGCAAGAGUGGGAGUGCAGUAGAGACCCCCAAUCCUUCUCUUCCUCCACCUCCACCUCCUCAUCAUCCCUCCCUCCACCCAUCUCCACUCACAGCUUCCCUUGGCUUUAGCCCUCCAUCAUUUCGCCACCCCUUUCCUCUUCCCUUCAUGAGUUACCCUUUUGGGAAUCCCCUAGGGUCACAUGGGGCUGGAGGUGGCUACCCCUCAGGACCAAAAGACCACAGUCGGGUAUCCCCUGACUCUAUGGACAUAACCCGGGAAACUGUCAGCCUCAGAACCAAAAUGGCAUCUCUUGGUGGGGCCCACAUGGGUCACCAUCACCACAGGCAGAGCUCCCCAAGCCACCAUGGUCCAGAGGGCUUGUCACUGUCCCUCAUCAAGUCAGAGUGUGGAGAUCUGCAGGACAUGACUGAUAUAUCUCCCUACUCAGGCAGCACUAUUCAGGAGGGCUUGUCUCCAAACCAUCUGAAGAAAGCCAAGCUGAUGUUCUUCUACACUCGCUACCCUUCCUCCAACAUGCUCAAAAUGUUCUUCUCUGACGUCAAGUUCAAUCGGUGCAUCACCUCCCAGCUGAUCAAGUGGUUCAGCAACUUUAGAGAGUUCUACUAUAUCCAGAUGGAGAAGUUUGCCCGUCAGGCCAUCAAUGAGGGCAUAACCGUGGCUGAAGACCUGACGGUGAGCCGGGACGCAGAACUCUUCAGGGCUCUCAACAUGCACUACAACAAGGCCAACGACUUUGAGGUAAGACUCGAUGUCAGGCGCUUUGGUUUGGUCAGGAGAACUGAUGGACAACCCAAAAAGCCAGGCUAACAAUCUUUUCCUCUAUGGAUAGUUCUAGUUAGCAGGAGUUUAGUAAGUUGCACCUCAACCACAUGAUAAAUAGUAAGUGGCCUGUACUUGUAUAGCACUUUAUCUAGACUAGAGGAUUCUAAAGCGUUUCAGUCAUUUACCCAUUCACACAUAUACUCACACACUGAUGGUCUGUCAGAUUGCUGCCAUGCACUGGCACGACCAGGCCUUCUGUCCACCAUACAAGGGCAAGGCAGCUAAGUUUCUUCCCCAAGGACACAAUUACAGGACAAACUCCCACCAUCAUCAUUCCCGUUACCAUGACAUCCAGCAUAAUUCUGACUGGAUUUUUGAACGCUCUUCUUGGAGAAUGUUUGAGUUCCAAUAAACUGGUUGGUUUCCUAAGACAGAC